AUGCUAUAAAAUAACAAAGCUAUUUAACCUUCAAAGUCAAACAAAAAUCCUCCAACUAAAAUAAACCAAAGAAAUUAACAAAUUGUCUCAAAAGCCUAACACUCUACUCCACAAUCAGUAACAAUUCUCCAACUAGAAAAACCGAAAACACAAAAAUCUUGCUUUGAAAAAUAUUUCAAUAAACCUGUUAUAUACAACAUCAUCCUCUUUCUAAAUUGUAAAGACAUUUCAUCCCUAAGAAGAGUAAAUAGCUACUUUAAUUAAACAUUUAUAGAAUGUCUGCCAAUCUUAAAGCAGUUCUUCAACAAGCAGCUCGAUAUGAAGCAACAGUAACUUUAAUCCAACAUAUUCUAUAAUCAAGUUCCUCAAUUAAAUGAUAUUGAUUUUGAAGGGUUCAAACAUGGUCUCUAGAAUGAAUUGAUGUAUGCCUGUCCAGAAAAAGUUCCCUAAUUUUAUCUCAAAUGCAUUGAACUAAUUUCAUAACUGCUUUUAUAAGAAUUACCAAAGUGGAGAUACUCAAAGUACACUUAUUAAAUGAAGACUAAACUUCUUUAUGAAAAAUUAGAAAAGAAAGUUCCAUUAAUUAAUAUAUAUGACCUCUCUGAUAAAUAACUAGAAAUUAUAAGAUCGGAUGCACAAAAUAUCAUGAAUACUUCGCAUUAUUUGAAAUGGGUAUUCACUCCUCUUGUUGAUUUUGUAGAUAACUUAAUAAUAGUGACUAGAUCACCACAUUAUGCAGAAUUAAAAAAGUUUAAAUAGAUUUAGUAUCGCAUCUCUGAAAUCUAAUAAUUUCUUAAUACAUACUUUAAGAAUGAAUGA